AUGGGAGGAGGAAAGAAACGGCGGCUUCCAGAAGAAUCUUUGAACACGCUACCCUCAGAAUUGCGAACGCAGGGAGAUGACAGCACGAAGCUGAACAGCCCCAAUUGUGGAUUCCCCUAUCUACUGCUAGCCCGCUGUGAUUCAGCCAAGUCGUCCGAAGUUCCAGGUCCAACGCCCAGCCUGGGCACGUCCGAGAUUGGCAUGAUUCACCCGGUUCUCUCUGUAGGAAGCUCCGCUUAUGAGCUCCGACAUAUUAGGAAAUUCAGAGAAAAUGCUAUUUCCUCGUGUAACCUUGUUUGA